UACUAUUCGACAGAUGUUAGUAGUAUAAUAAAGCAAAAUAUGUUUAACAUGGCUGGAGAAUUGUUACUUUUUGGUUUCUGCAUAUGUUUUAUGUCUGUUACCUGGGCAGUUCCUGGUGCAAGCUGUGUCAGGAAAUCCGAUUGUGGAUGCGACGAAUGCUGUACGGAGAACAUCCAAAUAGCCAGCAGGAAAAGAUUUGUCGUCCUUCCUAUCGGCACGAAAACAUGCCAGCCGUACUUAAACGAAGGCGAGAGAUGUUCUAGCUUCAACUCUGGCUGUGGGUGCCGACCUGGUCUGACCUGUGUCCAGAACUCUCUGAUUACGUCACGUGACGAAACGGCUGCCAAGAUCAGCGCUGAUAAAGGUAUUUUUUACACCUGUAGCCGCAGGUUUAUCCCUGGUUAAGGUGGUGUGUACACCUGCAGUCUACCUGAAUAAUCUGGAAUCACUUGUGGAAGAAAUUAAAUAUAA